CACUCAGGAUCUUGCCUUGAACAGCAAACCAACUCUCCAUUCCUGACAUCAUGAGCCACUUCGGCAACUACUACAGAGGAGUGGGCUACGGCAUUGGAGGCUUUGGUGGCCUGGGCUAUGGCUGUGGCUCCGGAUGUGGCAGCUUCCACAGACUGGGCCAUGGCUGUGGCUCUGGAUGUGGCAGCUUCCACAGACUGGGCUAUGGCUGUGGCUCCGGAUUUGGCAGCUUCCGUAGACUGGGCUCUGGAGGCUUCGGAUAUGGCUGCUGCCGCCCAUCAUGCUAUGGAGGAUCUGGAUUCUCCAGCUUCUACUGAACCACAGCUCUAGUUAUGCAAAAUCUGUUACUAUGAGUACGUUUGCACAACAUUCUUCAAUCGGAGGACUGAGACUACCCUGGGCCAAUUUAGCGAGAGCAAUCUAAGAAUUUCAGAGAAUUUAUUAUUGUAAGCAUGUCGGCAUCAUGUCUACUGGCGUCCUCAGCUUGGGCACUAAGAAAUGAUGUAUAUUAGAUAUCAAUAAAUGGCCUAAUUUGAAAUAGAAAA